AUGCCGGCCGAUGAAGUGCCGAAUGGGCGGCCGAAGUUUUACGAAAAUGACAGGGAUGACGUUUCUCAGUCAACGGGUUCAAUGCAGACUGGAUAUGCGUCUGAUGACGAGGAUGAGGAGCUUCUUUGUGGAUAUGGAUCGUAAGCUUAUUACUGAUUCGCGUCUCUUCCAACUCUGUAUGUUCCAGAUGUACUCCCGGAUGGCUUCAAAAAUUUCACAACGCCAAAUGGCUCCUUUCAAUGCUAGGGAUGGCAUCUUUUAUCCAAGGUCUUGUCGUGAACUCAAUAUUUCCAGUAGGAUUAUCAACAAUUGAACGACAAUUCGAAAUGACGAGGUAUUUAGUAAUGAAAUCUCUUUAUACCAUCUUAUUUCAGCACGCAUACAGGUAUCAUAUCUUCAUGGUAUGACUUUGCCAUCCUGUUGGCAGUGUUCCCCUGUUGUCAUUGGGGAAGUACUGGUCAUAAAGGGCGAUGGAUAGGACUCGGUGCUUUUAUUAUGGCCAUCGGUUCUUUGAUCUGCGCUCUACCCCAUUAUAUGAUCUCACCUCAUGUGGUCGGAAAUUUGGAGAACAAGACGGACACUUGCUCGAUCGAGUAAGGAUAAUUUUCUGAAUUAUUUUACAUAACUGUUCACUUUUAGGGACAUCGAUCAUCCCCUGUGCGACCGAAAUCUCGACAACAGUUACUCUUCCUACUUUAACCCUUACUUUUUAAUGUUUUUGCUGGGACAGACUUUCCAUGGAGUUGGGUCAACGCCCUUGUUCUCAAUUGGAACAGCUUACAUAGAUGAGAAUGUAUCACAGAAAGCGUCCCCGGUGUAUCUCGGUAGGUUUAAAAUACACUAUUUUAAACAUCAAGAGCACAUGUAUAUGUAUGUAACAUAAACAAAAACUUCUUUCUUCAGCCAUUCACGGUGUUGUAACAAGUGUUGGUCCAGUUGUUGGUUUAUUUAUCGGCGGUUUUCUGUUGACUAUUUAUACGGAUUUCGAUAGAGUUGAUGUUUCCAAGUAUGUUUCUCUUCUUUGUCACCUAUUUUUUCUUUGGUCUUUGCAACAACCAAAUGUAAAAAUAAUUUUUUCUUACAAUUAGACUUCCAAUGAAAGACUCCGCUGAUCCUCGAUGGCUGGGAGCGUGGUGGUUGGGCUUCCUUGGAUGUGCGAUUGCUGCUCUAAUCAACGCUUUUCCAAUUAUGAUGUUCGCAAAAGAGUUGCCUGAAGCUAAAAGGCACCGAAAGAAAGAUGUAAAUCAAGUUCAUGCAGUAUCUCAACAAAAAGAUGACGGGGACUUUAAGCCAUCUGAUUGGAGAGCUCUUCUUAAAGCUAUUUAUGUAAGUAAUCCUUUCCACAACUUCGAUUAACGAUAUUUAGAAUAUCCUUCGGAAUCCCACGUUCGUGACAUGUAUUGUUCUCGGAAUCUUCGAGUCCAUUAUCAUCAAUGGGUUUGCUGCGUUUAUGCCAAAGAUUCUGGAAGCUCUUCUGAGUACAACUCCAACGAUUGCGUCCUACUUAUCGUGUAAGCACAGAUGCCAAAAAUAUUGCUUUCCUAUCAAGAGCCAAGCAAUUUCGUCUAUUUUUUAGCUGUUGUAAUCUUCGCUGCAGCUACUGGGGUAAUGUUGGGUGGAAUUCUAAUUAGGAAACUCGAUCUACAAGUCGGUGGAAUGCUGAAACUCAUCAUCAUUUGCCAUGUUAUCGCACUGACGCUGAUUGCAUCGUUUGCGAUUCAAUGCCCCGCCAGAGAAUUUGCUGGGAUCACUACUGGAUAUGAAAAAAGGUGCCCUAUUUAAAUGAAUGACAAUAUGGAGAUAUUUGACGUAAUAACUUGAAUUUUCAGUAAACUAAAGGGAGGUGUGGCUAAUUUAUCUUCUACGUGCAAUGCCGACUGCCAUUGUCAUGAAAUCGAUUGGAAUCCCGUCUGUGAUGACAGUUCUGGGAUUACUUACUACUCCCCUUGCUUUGCUGGAUGUAAGAAGAAACAUAUUGAGGCUACUGGAGAUAUGUGGACUGAUUGUGGAUGUCUUUCUACUAAUAGAACCGUGUCCUUGUCAUCGUUGAUUGACGACGAUCCGAUGAUGGUCAGACAAGGAUAUUGUACUAGAGAAUGCGGCUGGCCAAUGUGGGCUUUCCUCGUGUUACUCUUCUUUUCGGUUGUUGCAAGUUUUGCCACUGGAAUCCCGUCACAGCAGAUUAUGUUGCGAGUUGUUCCAUUCCAUCAACGGACCUUGGCUAUCGGAGUCCACUGGACUUUCCUACGGUUGCUUGGGUUUAUUCCUGGAGGAAUUUUGUUCGGAUUAAUGAUCGAUACGACGUGUUUGAAGUGGAAAGAGUCGGCGUGUGGACACAAACAGUCGUGCUGGGUUCAUGAUCCUGUUCAUCUUUCCUGGACCAUUCUGGCUGUGGGUAAGUAAGCCUUUUUUUAGCGGACCAGCAACAUCAAUGAAAAUAACGUAAAUUUCAAUUUUACAGCGAUUGUCUGCAAACUAGUGUCUAUUCUGGCCGCAAUCAUCGGGUACAUGACCUACCGGCCCACGGAUAUGGAUAGUGCCAUGUCGAUUCAGACCAACGACAGUAAAGGAGCCAUCUCUCUGAUGGUUAAUGAUGACCGUGUGGUAGCUCAGGCAAAUGGAAAAAAGGUGUCCCUGCAAUAA